UCCUUCCACCCCCACAUCUGCUGAUGAAAAGGGGAAGUAGGGCUGGGCUCUGGCCACAACCUCAGCCAAGGAACUUCCAACAACAGAUGGGAAAAGAGAGGGCAAGAAGGUGGCAGAGAUGGGAUAUAAAUCCACGCAGGCCGGCUCCACAGUCCUCGCUGUAGCCAUCUUGAGGCCUUGUGGCCUCUCUGAUAACGGGCCAGGAGCUGGUCUGGGGGCUGGAGAGUAAAUUCCUGGCUUCCAAAGGGGACUGGGGAUCCUAUGCCCCCACAUCCACUGCUUCCUUCUUCUGCCCCGGCUUCCUGGCAAGUGCGGCAGAGGCGCUGUGGCAGGAAGUCCUGUGGUCAUGGCCCCCCAGAAGGCAGGCUCCGCCAGGAUGGGGCCCCUGUGCCUCCUCCUGACUGCCGUGCUGCUCCUGGCCCAGGCGGCGCCGAGGAAGGCCUCUCAGCACUGCAGCCGGCUCGAGUACUGGAACCCUGACGACCUGUGCUGUGGCAGCUGCCUGCAGCGCUUCGGGCCGCCCCCUGCUCGGACUGAAUUUUCGGAAAACUGCGGGCCCGACGAUGCGGGCAAUCACGUAACGCAUCCCUUCAAAGAGUGUCCUCCUGGGCAGUGCAACCCCAACAGCGAGGAGCUAUGUAGCCCUUGUGAUGGCGGAGCAACGGCCCCCACUUCCUUGGGGAGCCGCGGCGGGACCCGGAGACGCGGCAGACAGCCGGUCCCUAACAAGGAGCUCUGCCCCCUGAGUGGAAAGCUGAGCGUCCUUAGUUCCCAGGAGCCCAGCUCACCGGCGAUUCCCAGUCUCCUGUGGACAUCUGAGCACAAAGUCCCCCAGCAUGCCUGGCCAACUUGGAGUUUUGACCUGUCCCUGGUGCUGGUUCUGCCGACCUCAGCAGUAAACCUCCUGCUCGCCCUGCAAAGGCACCGCCGUCGCCACCACCAGGGGAAAGCGGUCCAACACCCCUAUCCUGGCUUGGUUUGCAACGACCUCAACACCCACACUCUAUUCUCCUUGCACUCGUCCCCUCCAGGCUCCCUGGAGGCUUCAGAGGCAGGGGACUCAGGGAAGGAGGUCCCUCUGCCUCCACUCCUAGGCAGGGAGCUGCCAAGUCUGGAAUCACAGCCGCUGUCUCGCCUCCUGGAUGAGCUGGAAGUGCUGGAGGAGCUGAUCGUGCUGCUGGAUUCUGAGCCUGGGCCAGGUUGGGGGAGAGCCUGUGGCAGCACUCGACACCUAGCUGCAAAAUGUGGACUGCCUGCUGCCUGGUCCACUUCCGCCUACUCCCUGCGGCCCAGUCGCUGGCCUCGGUGGGCCCUGAUGGAGAUGGUGGUGGCAAGGGAGCCCUCUGCCUCUCUGGGCCAGCUUGGCGCACCUGCCCAGAGAGGGCGGGCAGAUGCACUGCGGGUGCUGUCUAAGCUUGGCUGAGCUGGGGCCUGCCCGGCCUAG